CACGGCACUGGACCAUUCAGUCGGCAAAGAAGUGCUCGCAACGAAAGACGCAAUCGAGUCGCGUACUGCGUAGCUUUCUGGAAGUUACUCGUGGCAACGGAGCAACAGAGCAAGCGACCGGAGUAUAAAGUUGUCCCUUGUUUUGAUUGCAAACGAUCACUCGGACGACGCCAGCACAUUUAGCAAGUGAAUUGUACAAGUUUUGACUGCGAUAAAAGGCAACCGCGUCACAGGUAGAAGAUGGCAAGCAAAGAUGUAGGCUUCCGCACGGAGUCGGACACGUUCGGCGAGCUGAAGGUGCCGAACGAUAAAUACUACGGUGCUCAGACCGUACGCUCCACGAUGAACUUCCCGAUCGGUGGACCGACCGAACGGAUGCCCCAGCCCGUCAUCACUGCCAUGGGCAUCCUGAAGAAGGCGGCCGCCCUGGUGAACAAGGAGUACGGGCUGGAUCCGAAGAUUGCCGACGCGAUCGCGCUGGCCGCGGACGACGUGAUCUCCGGCAAGCUGUACGACGACCACUUCCCGCUCGUGAUCUGGCAGACGGGCUCGGGCACGCAGACGAACAUGAACGUGAACGAGGUGAUCAGCAACCGGGCGAUCGAGCUGCUCGGCGGCCAGCUCGGCUCGAAGACGCCCGUCCACCCGAACGAUCACGUCAACAAGUCACAGUCGUCGAACGACACCUUCCCGACGGCGAUCCACGUGUCGGUGGCCCGCGAGCUGACGGGCAAUCUGCGCCCCGCCAUCCAAACGCUGCACGACGCGCUCAAGGCCAAGUCGGACGAGUUCAAGGACAUUAUUAAGAUUGGCCGCACGCACACGCAGGACGCGGUGCCGCUGACGCUCGGCCAGGAGUUCAGCGGGUACGUGCAGCAGAUGGCCUUCGCGCUGGAUCGCAUCGAGGCGGUGCUGCCGCGCGUGUACAUGCUCGCCAUCGGUGGCACCGCGGUCGGUACGGGACUGAACACGCGCGUCGGGUUCGCCGAGAAGGUGGCGGCCAAGAUCGGCGAGCUGACGGGGUUGCCGUUCGUGUCGGCGCCGAACAAAUUCGAAGCGCUGGCGGCGCGCGACGCGAUGGUGGAAGUGUCCGGCUGUUUGAACACGAUCGCCGUCAGCUGCAUGAAGAUUGCGAAUGACAUUCGCUUCCUCGGUUCCGGACCGCGCUGCGGACUCGGUGAGCUGAGCCUGCCGGAGAACGAACCGGGCAGCUCGAUCAUGCCGGGCAAGGUGAAUCCAACGCAGUGCGAAGCGAUGACCAUGGUGUGCGCGCAGGUGAUGGGAAACAAUGUGGCCGUUACGGUGGGUGGAUCGAAUGGCCACUUUGAGCUGAACGUGUUCAAGCCCCUGGUCGUCUCGAACGUGCUGCGAUCGAUCCGGCUGCUCUCGGACAGCGCCCGUACCUUCACGAAGAACUGUGUGGUGGGCAUCGAGGCCAACCGGGCCAACAUUGACAAAAUCAUGAACGAGUCGCUGAUGCUGGUCACGGCACUGAAUCCGCACAUCGGCUACGACAAGGCGGCCAAGAUUGCCAAGACGGCACACAAGGAAGGCACCACGCUGAAGCAGUCCGCCCUCAAGCUGGGCUACCUGACCGAGCAACAGUUUGCCGAAUGGGUCCGACCGGAGAACAUGCUGGGACCGAAGUGAAGUCAUUGAAAGAAGGGAAAACAACAGCAACAAAAAACACAACAAAUUCAUCCGAUCACAAACAGUCUCGUCAACGGUGGUGCAACAAUUUCGAAAAAUGAACGAGUAGAAGAAUGAAUUAUUUAUUUACCACG